AUGCACCUAGCCCUUCUGGGGACGGUUCUGGGGCUUCACCUCGCGGUGGCGGACGCGGAGGUUUCCGCGGCUGCUGCGGGAGCGACAGGAAGUGAAGCGGCCCGGCCGGGCAACCGCGGCGGCAGAAACGGAGGCGGAAGGGGCGCUGCGGUAGUGACGUCGGCGACGGGGGGUGGACGAGGGGUCGAGCACCCAGAGGACUCGCCGGCUCCAAAGCCAGAUCCCGAGCCGGGCAGGAUGGAUCAUCACCAGCCAGGAACAGGCCGCUACCAGGUGCUUCACAAUGAAGAGGAUAAUUCAGAGUCAUCUGCCGAAGAGCAACCUUCAACUUCAAACGCAGCGCCGCAGAGCGUUCAGACUGCUCCUUCAGCAUCAGUACUUGAAACGGACUCUUCUCCUCCCCCUUACAGUAGUAUUACUGUGGAAGUACCUACAACUUCAGAUACAGAAGUUUACAGUGAGUUUUACCCUGUGCCACCUCCCUACAGUGUCGCUACCUCCCUUCCUACAUACGAUGAAGCUGAGAAGGCCAAAGCUGUUGCCAUGGCGGCCGCAGCAGCAGAGACAGCCCAGAGAAUUCGGGAGGAAGAGUGUCAGCCAAGAGAUGACUUUAGUGAUGCAGACCAGCUCAGAGUGGGUAAUGAUGGGAUUUUCAUGCUGGCAUUUUUCACUGGAAGGUAUGGUGCCAUCUGUGGAUUUGGACUUUCGUUGAUCAAAUGGGUUCUUAUUGUUAGGUUUUCUGAUUAUUUUACUGGAUAUUUCAAUGGACAGUAUUGGCUUUGGUGGAUAUUUCUUGUACUUGGCCUGCUGCUUUUCUUCAGAGGAUUUGUUAAUUAUCUAAAAGUCAGAAACAUGUCUGAAAGUAUGGCAGCUGCUCAUAGAACAAGAUAUUUCUUCUUAUUAUAGAGACUGCAUCGACUGGACAUUCUUUUCUUAAACCAAUGUGAAAUUUCCAGAUCAUCUGUAAACCUACAACUUUAAUAGGAUAGAAGACUUCUAAAAGCAGAAGACAAAUUAGUGAAGAAAAGAUAGAUCUUCAAAAUUGAAUGGCAGGAUGGUUUAUGCUUAAAAGCCAUUUCUGUUCAUUCUCUUAAAUAUUUAAAUUUCAUUUGUUUUGCACGUUUGCAUAUGUGCCCAUGUAAAAGAUUUGCGUAUACUUGAAAGAAACCAUAAAGUUGUAGCAGUAAAGUCCAGUCAUAUUUGGUUAAUCGGUGUUUGAUAUAAUUGAAAGGGGUGAGUGAGAAACAGUCUUCCAGCAUGUAAAUGCCAUUGACUUCUGACCUGACAUUUAGUAUAAUAAAAAUGGAAUUAUAUUAACCAUGUCAAAUGCUUUAGUUUCUGGCUCCUAGAUUCAUCUAGUGACUCUACAUAUGAAACGCCCUUUGUUAUAUAUAGUUUUUUGAAAACCGCAGUGCUGAUUAUAGAAAAGCUUUGUCAGAUUUUUGAACAUGAUAGUUACAUUAUUAUUUAGCAAACUCUUUCUGUAAAUAACCAUGCAUAAAUUACUUUCUGCAUUGUUUUCUUAGAAACUGUGUCUGGAUAUCUUUUCAAUUAAUUUAAAAUUAAGUGAACUUAAUAUAUAGAGAAAAUCUGGAUGUUAAAGAUAGUUUGUUUUAGGACAGAUUUUAAGAAGAUAUGGGUAUUCCUCAUGUCCUUUAAGAGAACAUCUUUUUGUUGUUUUCUUUUUAAGGCACAUGCCAGGUUUAGGGAUUCUCAGUCGAGAAGCUUGGUUUUUAAGAUUGCCAUCUUAAAAAAAAAAAAAAAAAAA